AGCGCAGUGUGCAGGCCAGUGCGCACGCAAGGGGCCCCCCUGCCUCAGUCUCUCUCCAUCACUGUGCGGGCUGGUCGCUUCCCUCUUUGCUUCUGUGCACGCAUUGACUGUCAAACCCUCCACAGUGCGCGGACUCACCAGGGGAGGACAACCGGCGCUGCAGCUCCGUGGUCGUGGACUCCAAUGUGGAUACAAACCCCGAAGAGCUUCGAUCAAUGGGGAUACUUUAACUGGAGCCUUCGACCAAUUACACGAAAACAGAGCAGCACUGAAAGGACCUUGGAGAGCCAGAAAGCAAGCGAGCGCUGGCCUUGGUUCGAGCGUGUGACCAGCGGAUAAACCUUGUUCAUGCGUCUCCCUGCGUGCCACUCCCACAUCACUAUGAACUGUGAGCAGGACUUUGGAGACGGGGGCUUGGGAGUGACCCUGACAUUACGACUGCUCAUGCAUGGAAAGGAAGUCGGCAGCAUCAUAGGCAAGAAAGGAGAGACGGUGAAGCGAAUACGUGAGGAGAGCAGUGCUCGUGUCAACAUCUCAGAAGGUUCCUGUCCAGAGAGGAUCAUCACCAUCACUGGAUCCACAGAAAGUGUCUUCAGAGCCUUCACUAUGAUCACAUAUAAACUGGAAGAGGACCUGACAUCACUGGUGGCCAACGGCACCAUCAGCUCCAAGCCACCCGUCACCCUCCGGCUGGUCAUUCCUGCCAGCCAGUGUGGCUCUCUUAUCGGUAAAGGAGGGGUCAAGAUUAAGGAGAUUAGAGAGAGCACUGGUGCUCAAAUACAGGUGGCGGGGGAUUUGCUGCCCAACUCUACUGAGCGAGGGGUGACGAUAUCUGGGAAUCAGGACUCCGUAAUCCAGUGUGUCAAACUCAUCUGUGCAGUGAUCCUGGAGUCUCCCCCGAAGGGCGCCACCAUCCCUUAUCGGCCGAGCCCUUCACCAGCUGCCCUCCUCAUCGCGGGCAACCAGGUGUUCGAAGCAUCCGAUUUUGCACCCCAUCCUCUGUAUUCAGUCGCCCAGGCUGGCCUUGACCUGCAGCAGGCGUACACUUUGCAAAACCAAUACGGCAUUCCACACUCUGAGUUGGCCAAACUCCAUCAGCUGUCAAUGCAGCAAGGCCUCGGUCCAGUCGCCCAGCCCGCUUCGACUAUCAUCCCUGGUAUGGAUGCAAAUGCUCAGACAUCUCAGGAGCUGCUUAUUCCUAACGAUCUGAUCGGCUCCAUCAUCGGCCGUCAGGGCACCAAGAUCAACGAGAUCCGGCAGGUGUCGGGGGCCCAGAUCAAAAUCGGCAGCCAACUGGACGGGACAAGUGACCGCCAUGUCACCAUCACAGGAACCCCAGUCAGCAUCAACUUGGCCCAGUACCUAAUUACCUCCUGUUUAGAGACAGCCAAAUCCACAGCUCAGGCCGCCACCAUGGCAGCACCCGUCGACCUCAACAUGGCCUUCACUCAACCGGCGUCCCCAGCCUCCCCUGCUCCCACCCUGGCCACCCUGACCCCAGCUCACGUUUUGGGCGCCCCGUACGGCGCCAUGCCCCUCUCCGGCCUGCUGGGGAUGAAGUCCGUCCCCUUUCUGACUCUGUCCAGCCCGGCCCCCGCCGUGGCGGUCACGGCAGCACCUUCCCACACCACCCUGGCAGCCUACACGGCCAAAAUCUCCUCAGCCAAUUGCAUCAAAAAGCCAGAGAGACAGAAGUUCGCCCCCUACUGAUGAAGCCUCCACGCCCGGGGAGCCAGAUGGACAGCUGUUUGUUCUUCCGCAAACGCCUGAUGUAGCCAUAUCCCUCAGGGGACUAUGAUUCUAUGAUGCACCAACAGUGAAGAGACCAAUGGAGUAAAGCUUUUCAAAUCAUUUACAGAAAUAAACCCAAUGUGAGAUUCACGUCCAAUUGGUGGGCUGCCGUCAUCGUCACUUCACUCUUAUUGAUCUAUUAAGUCAAAAUAUAUAAAAGGGCUUGAAGCUCAUCGGAAAGACACAUGUUUAAACACGUUUUCACAUGUGUGUCUCACGUCGGAGGUCAGCCAUAAGUAUUUAUCCUUCAAUAAUUUGUAAAUUAUACUCAGAUGACAAAAUACGCCACUGUAUGAUGCUUUUAUACAACGUCUAUGUUUGCCUCUGGAAGUUUUUAAGAAAAUUUGUAAAUGUACGGGGGGAAUUUGUUUUUAUGGUACUGUACUUGACUGUUCAGUGUUUUAUGUUCCUUCAGUUGGAUUUUAUUUGGAUUGUGCACUUGUUUCUUCUUUAUUUAUUAGUAUUUCUUCAUGUAUUAAAAGUAUUUGUUUCCUGA